AUGCCAGAGCCGGAUACAACCUCUAUGCCUCCCGUGCCGGAGCCGAACACGGUCCCUAUGAGCGUGGAAGCACAGGAGGAGGAGACGGACGAGGACGAGUGUUGGGGCAAUUGGAGACCAACGUCGAGCACCACGGCCUCCAACACUGCUCCUGGUUCGGGUGGGCCCGCGGCCAGCUCCCAGGACGCCGUUAUGCAGGAGAAGUUUGCGGAUCUAGCCUUGUUCAGGCAGCGAGCCAGCGAAAGGAGGCAGGGGGUGUUGUCUGCGAUACGUGGGACACAGAGCAGCCUGCUCAACAGCUAUGGUGCCAAGUACGCCCCCAAAGGGGCCAGCCACACCACCGAAGUCUCCGAUUACACCACCAAAGGGGCCAACCACGCCGCCAAAGAGUCCGCCAAAGAGUCCCCCGAAGAGUCCGCCAAAGAGUCCCCCGAAGAGUCCGCCAAAGAGUCCGCCAAAGAGUCCUCCAAAGGUCGCAGCAGCGCGGCCCAACAUCUGGACAGCACCACCUCCGCCGAGGGCCGCUCCGAAGAUUGCCGAUCCGAAGGGUCCAAAAGCAGUGGUUCCAAAGCCACCGAAGGAUCCGAAAGCAGUGGUUCCAAAGCCACCGAAGGAUCCAAAAGCAAUGGUUCCAAAGCCGCCGAAGGAUCCAAAAGCAGCGGUUCCAGAGCCGCCGAAGGGUCCGAAAGCAGCGACCCCAGAGCCGCCGAAGGGCUCGACUGCUACAACACCUCCGGUGGCGGAUCCUACGAUGAGGCAUAUGCCAUUCUCGGCUUUGCAAGGGGCUCAGAUGGGAUUCCUGAGCCAACGAGAAGUGACGAGCUUUACUCAGGCCGCGGCCGCGGCUCGGAAACAAGCUAC